AUGGCUGACCACGAAGCGGCGUCCGUGUCUUACCCACUGCCCGUGGACAUAGAAGUGUUGGCCGAGCGGCAACUUGACGGUGCUUUCGCAUUCAACGAGCUGCUAAACAGCAUCGUGUUGUCGGGGGCUCUUAUAAGUCCCCCGGUACUGUACUCCGCCACGAUGCCAACCUCGUUUGAUGGAAAUUCUUCGGGCUGGAACGUUGCGACCGCAUCGAAGCUGUUCGCGUUGACCAUGGCGGCGAGGAUUUCGCUGGACGGGCUGCUCAGCGGUGCGGGUGGGUUCGGUGGUCCACCUCUACCUGGCUCGAGGCUACCCCCGACAAGUCCCGACGCCAUCAGCACGUUCUUCCGGCGGUUCUGCUUGCUGUCGUGCGGUCGCGACGAAGCGCACAUCUCGGCGCGCAGCCUUUGCAUGAUUCCGCUGAUGGGAAUGCCAGAAGAAUAUUUCGUGACUGCACCGGGAUAUUUGACACCUAACGCGACAUCAAGCUCACAGGCCGUAGUGCGAAACCCUCCAUCCGCCGGCCAACUGGUUGUGGAACUAUGGGGCACUCGAUCGGGAAUCAACCAGAACAGCACAUGUCCUGGCUACACAAACCUAUGCAUCGACUCUGAACUUCGUUUCGGCGUCCCCGAAUUGAACCCAAGCGAGUUCUACAACAUGUACCUCCACGUGACUGGCCAAUUUGGAAGUAGUCAGUUUCACAACAAAUCGUUCGUUCAACUUGAGUAUGUAAACAACAUUAACGUCAUCGUACAGACCGACAAGCCCAUGUAUCGACAAGGAAGCACAGUCAACUAUCGGAUCCUUCUAGUUGACAACGAACUGCUGCCUGUCACUGACCAGCUGGCAAACAUCACAAUCACAAAUCCCUACGGCCAGCUUCUGUUCCAGCAGCAGUUUGUGAACUUCAGUGACGGUCUGUUGCAAAAUUCCUACAAGCUUCUUGAUAUUACUGACGAAGGCAUAUGGACGAUUGCAGUAUCGGCUGGUACUAACUCUGGAUCUACAUCAUUUGAAGUCCGAGACUACGUGCUGCCGAAGUUCUCGGUCACCAUCACACCGGACGGGAACGACGUCGUUACGAAUCCCACGGUACUCUACACUGUCUGCGCAAAGUACACCUACGGCGAAAGCGUGAAAGGAACUGUGCAAAUCUACACGUCUCCGUUCAACUACUACUAUCCCGUGCGCCAAAAGCCAGUCAUUCUUCGCGUCGCUGAGAUCAACGGGUGUUACGACUAUGUAUUCAACGUUUCACUGCUAAACACUGUGAACUACACCUACCCUACGUACCCAUCGAUCAACGUUACAGCCAAGGUCAUCGAAGCUGGCACAGGUGUGUCACUAUCUGCCACCGAGCUGCACAGCCGAGGCACCACACGCCUUAGGCUGAACUUCGGACAGAAAUACAGCCCCAAUGGCCAGUACACGAGUACUGAAAACACCUUCAAACUCAACCUCCUCAACAAAGGACAAGUAAGCAAACCUACUCGGCAUCCCUCGAAAGCUGUUCUGUUCUUUCAGGCCAUAGCCGUCAAUUACCCGCGCAUCAUCAUCAAGAACGGACCCACCCUCGAGAAGCCGACGACGCAGCAAAACUUGGUUCCUUUCUAUUCGCCCACGGCAAGCUCUAUUCGCAUUGACCGCGGAGAUGACAGCGUGUACACGUGCCAGGCCAGUUUUGUGCGAGACAUCGUCAUGACUGCUGACGCGAAUGUUGACUACCAGCUUUUUAUUACGCUUAAUUCUGCCGGCCGCAUUCUGGAGACUCGCAACUUCACCAAGCGGUUCACCGAAGCGGAAAUCACUAUGGUCCAAACUGACGACAAUUUGAUCAAGAACGAUGACGCUCCGCCCGACAGCUCUGGUCCCCAGAUUACCGAGCCGGCAACCACACGCUCGGUGGGCAGCUUCCAGUUCAAGUCCACACUGCCUCCAAACGCCAGCCCGAAGGUACAGCUGCUAGUCUAUUACGUGCACAGAGACUCCAAUGGGAACCCUAUCGAAGUCGUCUCGGACUCGGCGGAAUUCAGCGUACAAAAGUGUCUCGAGAACAAUGUGACGUUGACGUUUGAUCCGAAGAAGGCUUUGCCCGGUUCCAACGUGUCUCUCUCGAUUGAUGCUGCCGGUAACUCUCUCUGUGGUGUCGGGGCUGUCGACAGCAGCGUUACCCUACUAGAUGGAUACAACCGAAGAAAUUCCAGGGAUGCUCUUCUCAGCCAGAUAAGCAACCUGAACUACAGAUACACUCACACAUCUCUCGUCAACCAGAGCUAUUGCUACGUAGAUGGCCAGCUUUACAACGAACUCUACGAGGCCUCUUCCAGUGGUCAAACCAAAGUGCCUAGGAGGAGGAGGCAAGCAGUAUCUCCCUCGGUAUCUUUCAGCUACGACUCCCUCACUUCUUUCGAGAACUCUGGUCUCGUCAUCUUCACUAACCUACCCGUCCAAACGAGGCCUUGCCCUAAUCGCGCUUUCCCCGGAUACCCCAACAACCAAGUACUCGGACAAGUCAAUCGUUUCUUCCCCACUUUCGGAGCAGCUGCCAACAAAGUAGCGUUCCGACCAAACGCAAACGGUGCUGCUGGAUUUGCUGCAGCCUCCCCAAUAGCGGAAUCGGCAGCGGAUGAUUUCACUGGAGGCGCCAUCCAAGGCACCAACUCGGUUAGGACUCUAUUCCCUGAAACCUGGCUCUGGCAGAUCAGAACGGUUAGUGCCUCGGGCUCGCUGGUUUACGAAGAAACCAUUCCGGACACAAUCACCACAUGGCAAGGCACUGCUGUGUGCUUGCAUCCGAAGAACGGCUUGGGCAUCUCCCAGGUUGCUAAUGUCACCGGGUUCCAGCCACUGUUCGCAUCACUUACACUGCCGGCCUACAUGCAACGAAACGAAGUGGCCACCAUAAUACUAACGGCUUUCAACUACGGCGACGUGUGCGUUGUGGUCCGUGUAAGUCUGACUUUGCUGGAAAACUGGGAGAUUGUCAGUGGUCCCAACAGCACCGACGCUCUGCUGUGCCCCAACGCCACGAACUCUGCGUCGUUCCCAUUCGACGUGCGUGCGACAACUCUGGAGCUUUCCAGACUUCAAGCGCGCGUCCAGACUAGACCGGAGGCUCAAUCCGAAUACCCAGAUGUGAAGUUGUCCAACGUGAACUCAAGUGACACUGUCAUUCAGACAAUCGAUGUCAGGCCCGAAGGGUUCUCCAUCCGAACGAUCGACACAUACCUGCUUUGUGCGUCAGGUGACCAGAACACUGCCCCGGACACUGUACAAGUCACCCUGCCGACACCUGAAGCACUUGUUGAAGGUUCUCAGCGGGUUGUGUUGGUUGGCACGGGCGACAUCCUGGCACUCAGCCUCAAUGAUCUGUCGGUUCCCCCUAUCACGUACUCCAACGCCGAAGGAACUCUGGCUGUCCUAGCUUCAAGCGUCUAUCUCCUCAAGUACCUAGAACAGACUGGCACUUUAACGGACACUGUGAACUCCGGACUAAGAUCUCGCAUUCAACAAGCGUCUCAAGCUCAAUACAGCUUCCGCUCCUCCGAUGGUUCAUACGCAUCGUUUGGCUCGAAUGAGUACCCAAGGAGUAUCUUCCUCACCGCCUUCGCCGUCAAGGCCCUGAGCGCAGCCAAGGAAUAUCUCGGAGCUAACGCUGCUGCUGAAAUCGACGCCAGCGUUCGUUACGUGACGCAACAAUGGAACCCCCUCACAGGCUGCUUUGUGGAGAACGAGCCCACGGCAUCACCGUAUGGACCAAACACUACGCCCGACUUAAACGCAGCUGUCGGUGUCAUGCUAGCGGAGAGUGGGCUCUUCAACGACAGCAUCACGGAAGGUGUUCUCCGGUGCAUAGACGCGAACAACCUUCCAUCAAACCACACCACGGCCCUGAACGCUUAUUUCUCGGCACUCGUCAACAGACCGGAACGAGCCAACACAGCCCUGCAAACUCUCCUCGGGGAAGCCGACAAAUCUAGUGGCCUGACAUCUUGGACUGGAGACGGUCUAGCGUCCGGCUCUGCCGACACCGCAGGUUACGCAGUGUUGACAUCGAAGCUGCUUGGUCGGAAUUUGGGAGAGGCCCUGCCUAUUGUUCGCUGGCUUAUGCAGCAGACCUACGCCCGAUACACGUUCUCUUAUUCCGAGGUUUACACCGUCGCCAUUCAAGCACUUACUCAGUAUUCAAGCGUGGCAUUCUCGAAGAACACCGACUUGUCCCUCACCGUUGCCGUUGAAAGUGCAUCGCCCGACAAUCUAUCCUUCCAGAUCAAUGAACAGAACAAAUUGCUCUACCAGGAGCGCCUCUUGGACAAAAGCGACUCGUACAGCUUGCAAGCGUCUCUUACUCCAAACAGCGUCGGCUGUGCAGCAUUACAGGUCAAGUACUACUACAACUCCAGGAACAGUCCACUUCAGAGGGGCAUCCAAGUCAACGCUUCUGCGACAUCGGGACCAGACUGCAGCACGCUUCAGUUGGACAUUUGCACACGGUACACCGAGGGUUUUCUGCGCAGUUCUGCAAUCGUGGAAGUAACCAUGCUUUCUGGUUAUUCUGCCGAUGACCAGUCUCUGAAAAACUUGGUCAGCAGCGGCGUUAUUAAGCGCUAUGUCGUGAACGGCAACAAAGUCCAGCUCGUACUACAAACGCUAACCAUACAGCCUACCUGCUUCAGCUUCACGGAAAACAGAUACCUGCAAGUGACCAACCUUCAGAGUUCUGUUGUGGAGGUGUACGACUACUACCAGUAUCAGUACAAGGCGACGGCUGGGUACGGAUUGGAGGGCAACUGUACUCCUGCUGAAGUCGCUCCACCUACAAGUCUCAACGAAGUGGACAGUGUUAUAUACGUUUAACGCGCUAUUCGCUUCUGUCUUCAUACGUCAGCAUUUUUCUACAUCUAGACAAACGAUCUCAAGCGCCUUCGAGUCAUCGGUCUUGUGAUACUUUGUUUUUAUCGAACUCUCCUGUCAUACGCAAUAAAGCAUGUACUCUUUUACA